AUGUCCUUUUCAGCAGGGUCCGUGGCAACAACACCCAAGAACUCGACAUAUACGAACCCCAUACUCCCCGGCUGGCACUCGGACCCAAGCUGUACCUUUGUGCCUGAAGAAGACAACACAUUCUUUUGUACGACUUCGUCUUUCCUUACAUUUCCAGGGAUUCCCGUCUACGCCAGCAAGGACUUGAUUCACUGGAAACUGGUCAGCAAUGUUGUCACCCGUCCCGAGCAAGUACCCGAGAUCGCAAAUAGUACAUCUCAAACGCAGCAAGAUGGCCUCUGGGCGUCGACAAUAAGAUACCGCAAGGGGAAAUUCUAUCUUCUCACUUCUUACGUCUCAAUGGUCCCUACAUUCAAGGCAAACGGUUUACUCUUCACCACGACGGACAUUUACUCCGACAAUGCGUGGAGUGAUCCGAUUAGGUUCCACAUUGGGGACAUAGAUCCUGACAUCUUCUGGGAUGACGAUGGGAUAGCGUAUGUUUCUUACGCUGGGAUCUCGCAACAGACGAUCGAUCUGGAGACAGGGGCUACUGGACCAGCCACCAAGAUCUGGGCCGGUUCAGGUGGCCGUACUCGCGAAGGGCCUCAUAUCUAUAAGAAGGACGGUUGGUAUUAUUUGUGCAUCGGUGAGGGAGGCACGGAGCUCGAUCAUCGCCAGACAAUCGCCCGAUCGAGGAACGUUACGGGUCCGUUUGAAGGGUAUAGCGGGAAUCCGAUUCUGACGAACGCCAACACGACGGAGUAUUUUCAGACGGUUGGCCAUGCGGAUCUCUUCCACGACAGUAAUGGAAAAUGGUGGGGGAUUGCUCUGGCGACCCGGUCCGGUCCAGCCUGGAGGGUUUAUCCCAUGGGUCGGGAGACGGUGCUGUUCCCUGUGACGUGGAAGGAAGGGGAAUGGCCGAUUUUGGAGCCUGUACGAGGGGAAAUGUCAGGGUGGAAGCUACCACAGCCUCGCAAUAAGAAGAUUCCCGGUGAUGGAGCUCAUACGUACUUCACGUACAGUGUGGAUGUGUCGUUCACUCCGACGACGGAAGGAGAGGAAGCCGGUGUAACAAUAUUUUUGACGCAGUAUCAGCAUAUUGAUCUCGGAAUCGUGAUGCUUCCAUUCGCGGGAAAACUAGUGCCACACAUACGUUUCCAGACGACUCUGUUGGAUGAUCUAAAUACGCAGGCGACUCAGAAUGUGACAGUACCGGAGACCGUCGUCAAGACCGUCCCUUCAUCUUCAAAGGAGGUUCGCGCUCGCUUACAAAUUCAGGCAGUGGAUGAUACGCAUUACAUCCUGUCUGCGACGGCCCCUGGGUUCGAUGACUUCAAAUUCAGUCAGAAGGCUGAAGUUGUACUUCAAUGGAGGAUCUGGUUCAACGCCGGCCUAUAUUAG